AUGCCACAAAACCUUCAAGUUCCAGAAUCUUCCAACCAAAAAAGACCAAAUAUUUAUACUGCUGAUUCUUCAGCUACUAUUGUUGUACAAGAUCAAGAAUAUAACAAAUUUGAAGAUGCUUUCAACAAUGAUUUAGAUUCAAGAUUACAAAAUUUAUCUAAAACUGGUGGUAAACCUGAUAAAAUUAAUGAAUUUGAUGAAACAACAAAUGAAUUAACUCAAGAUUUACAAACCGCUUAUAAUUCUGAUAAUGAAGAUGAAGAACCUUACAAAAGUUUUAGUAAUGAUUCCAAUACUAAAGUUACUGAAUCAGCUUCAGAUGAUGAUGAAAUUUUAACAUUCCCAGAACAUUCAAUAAAAUCUUAUUUAGUCGUUAUGGGUUCAUGCUUGGGUCUUUUCCCAUGUUUUGGUUUAAUGAACAUUUUAGGUGUUUUGGAAUCAUAUGUUAAUGAAAAUCAAUUAUCAAAUGUUGAUUCAUCAACUGUUGGUUGGAUUUUUUCAUUAUGCACAUUUAUGACUUAUACAAUGUGUAUCUUUUCAGGUACUUAUUUUGAUAAAUCAGGUGCAAGAGCUCCAUUAAUUCUUGGUAGUAUUUUGUUUGUUUGUGGUACUAUUGCCACUGCAAAUUGUACAAAAAUGUAUCAAUUUAUCUUAGCAUUUAGUUUACUCACUUCAACUGGGAAUGGUAUGUUAAUGGCACCUUUAGUUGCUGUCAUUUCACACUAUUUUUAUGCUAAUAGAGCUUUGAUGGUUUCUGUUGCUACUGUUGGUGGUUCAAUUGGUGGUACUGUUUUACCAUUAAUGUUUCGUGGAUUAUUCCCAAAAGUUGGAUUUGAAUGGGCAAUGAGAAUCUUUGCUUUAAUCUCUGCAGUUUGUUUAUCCAUUUCAAUUGCGUUUGCUCGUGAAAGAAAGAUCUUUUUACCUGAAAAGACUGAAAAAGAAGCUAAUGCUAGUCUUUUGGAAAAAAUUGGUUAUUUCGUUCAAUCAUUUGAUUUUAAAGCUUUGAAAGAUAUGAAAUUCUUCUUUUGUGUUGCUGGUGCAUUUUUUGCAGAAAUUUCAGUCCUCUCUUCAAUUACUUAUUUUGCAUCAUAUGCUAAAAUGAGAGGAUUUUCAGUUGGUGAAUCAUUUAUUUUAGUUACUUUAGUUAAUGCUGGUACUUUACCAGGACGUGUUAUUACUGGUUAUUUGGCUGAUAUUUUGGGUAGAUACAAUGUUUUCAUUUUUACAAUCUUAUUAACUGCAAUUAUUAAUUUGGCAAUCUGGUUACCAUUUGGUUCAAGUAAAACUGUUCUAUACGUUUAUUCAGUUGCAUAUGGUGUUGUCUCUGGUGCAGUUUUCUCAUUGUUAGCAGUUUGUGUUGGACAAGUUUGUAAAACUGAAGAUUUUGGUAAAAGAUAUAGUACAAUGUAUUUCAUUGUUGCAUUUGGUGUUUUAGUUGGUGUUCCAAUUGGUGGUGCUAUCAUUGGUGAUAAAUCAGUUGAACGCUAUAAUUAUUUUAUUCUUUAUACUGCAGCAUGUUCAGUUAUUAGUGCUGUUUGUUAUGUUAUUUCAAGAACUUUAUGUGUUGGUAAAAAGAUUCGUAUUGUUUUCUAG